AGAGAGAGAGAGAGAGAGAGAGGGAGAGAGAGAGAGAGCAGUUUUUUUUAACCGGACAUCUCUGCUGUGAGGAUCUCGGCUGUGCAGGCAGGAUCCUGUCGCCUCUUUGAGAAGGAUGAGCUCAUGCAGCAGCAGGGCUCUCACUCUGCUCUCCACUGUGUUUGGGGCGUGCGGACUGCUGUUGGUUGGGGUUGCUGUGGCAACCGAUUAUUGGCUGCUAAUGGAGGAGGGCAUCGUUCUGCAGCAGAACCAAACCAUCGACGUCAAGAUGGCGCUGCACUCUGGCCUCUGGAGGGUGUGCUUCAUAGCAGGUUCAGAGAAAGGAAAAUGUGUGGCCUCUGAAUAUUUCACUGAGCCAGAGAUAGAGAUCACAACAGAAAACACGGCAAAUAUUCUCAAAAUGGUGCGGACAGCUACGCCUUUCCCCAUGGUGUCUUUGCUCUUUGUGUUCACUGCCUUCAUCCUUAGCAACGUGGGCCAUAUUCGCCCGCAGCGCACCAUCUUGGCAUUUGUUUCCGGAAUCUUCUUCAUCCUGUCAGGUCUGAGUCUGGUGGUAGGAUUGGUGCUCUAUAUCUCCAGUAUAAAUGAUGAAGUGAUGAACAGGCCUAGAGAACCGGAGCACUUCUUUAACUAUCACUAUGGCUGGUCCUUUGCGUUUGCUGCCAGCUCCUUCCUCCUCAAAGAGGGUGCGGGUGUGAUGUCUGUGUAUCUCUUCAUGAAGCGUUACACUGAAGAGGAGAUGUAUCGGCCUCACCCAGCGCUCUACCGCCCCCGUCUGUCUGAGAGCAGCGACUACAGCGGUCAAUUCCUGCAGCCUGACACCUGGCCACCUCACCAGCGUGCUCGCAGUGCCUCUGAGCUCUCCAGUGAUGUUUCCAUUCAGCUAGCACAGACCCAGCAGCCUCCAGCCAAACUCAUUGCCCAGCACAGCGUGUCAGCCCCCAGCGCCACUGCUGCCUCCAGCCCCGAGUCUGCAGCUGCUUUCCAGCUUAAGUCGCCCUCACACUUCAGCCACAACCACCCUCUCCACCCUACAGAGUCCCAGAGCCUGCCCCUGUCCAUGCCGCCACCUGCCGUGCCACCCCCUCAUUACCACACACACAUGCGCAUGAGCGCCUCACCAUGUUAGAGGGGUUUCCAUCCACCUGUAUUUUUACAAAUUUUGAAUUUAAGCAUAAAUGGAAACAAAACACAGAUUCGCAUUUUCUUUUGCUGAUUUUUUGAAAAUUUGCGUAACAUUUGCGAAACAUUUGGAUGGAAACAGACCUAAAGAGAGAGAGGAUGCAGACAGAUUAUCUACAGUGUGUUAUGGUUUGAGAGAGUGUAAAAGAGAAAAACUGAUCUUGAGAGUAGUGUAAAAUAUGCUAGGUUAAGAGUUAUGUGUCUUAAACAAAGUUAAGAAAUGAACGUUGUAAUGAAAUAGUAAACAUUUCAUUACAUGGCAUUAUACAGGGAGAUUUAUUGCACAAGCAAUGUACAAUGCAAAACACUUCCAUUAUAACAUACAUUGUAUAUUUACAUAUGUAGUGCACAAAGACAGUAACUAUUGCCUUCAGUUCUACUAGUGAUAUUGAAAAUGUAUUAUUUUCAUCACUCUCUCAAAGUAUCAGUAUUAGUGUUAUUAUCAUGAAGACAUAUUUAAGCUUACUUGUUGCCAGGGAAAAUGUGUAAAAUAGGUAUAUUAUUUCUACUUUGAAUAUGAGAUAUUCCAGACUGAUGAUUUUUAUGAUGUAAAUAAUAUGUAUAAUUUUAACUGGUAUGGGAAAAUAUUAAGAUCUGCGCAGCUGAGAGGGGAACUGUUAUAUGCAUUGAAAAUUAAACUGACUGAAAAACAAAUGUGCUUAAAGUCCCAAUAAGGGCUUUUUGAGUAUUGAUUCUUUUGCUGGCUUUUCAAGUUGCAGUAUGUACUUUCCCCCCCAUUUUAGUGCAGCUUAGUAGUGGAAGCCAUCUUACGUUCAAAUGGAUUUUAUCAUUUUUGUCCCUUAAUAUAGGCAUCUCAUUCUAAUGCAUCAGUAUCUGUGCACUUUACCUUAAAAUCCUACUUGGGACUUUAAGAGUAGGGUUAUACUGCAAGUGUGCUGUCACUUAUUGUGUGAAAGAGAUCCAGUAUUGAUUAUAACAUUUGUGGGAGUGAUGGGGGUUAUCAUUAGAAUAAAACCACUAUGUAUAUUCUGCAUAAUUAUUGUUAUUUAUUUGUAAUGGAGUGUCACAAACACGUGUUUAUUUAGCAAUGAUAGCCUGGCUACAGGAAUGACUGCAGACCAACAAGUCUUAUAAUGUUCCUAUUUGGAUUAUAAUUUUUUUUUGUUAAGUAAUGACAUCAUAUAAUAGAUUCACCUAUGCAUUAAUAAUACAUUUUAAAGCAGCAGUACGUAACCUUUGGGAAUUUUGGGAAUUGAAGACACGGUGGAAAUGUCAAUAGCUGCUCAUCCUGCACGAAUUGCAAAUCAUUACACCUUCAAGGCACAUUCAAAUAUUCAAGACAUUAAAUGAAUAAUUAAAUGUCUCCUGAAGAUGUAAUCAUCUGAUUCCAUUAUCAUUAUUUACUCAGAAAUACAGUAAAUAUUAUGACAAUAAAAAUCUUAUUAUGCACAUCAA